AUGCUAGUUUUUCUGAUUGCCAGGAGUGGCAUGUUGCAGUUGAGAUCGCCUCGGCUAAGGAAGGAAGAUGUCGGGUCUGCUUUGGCUUUUUUGUAUUGGGGUUCUCCUUGCCACCGGCACAAGCCAAGAUGUCACUAGCCAAGCCAGGGACUUCCUAAGACAGUUUGAACAGGAUGCAGAAGUCCUUUAUCAUCAGAGUGCACUUGCACAAUGGGACUACAACACCAAUAUCACUGAUGAAAAUGCCAAAAAAAUGAAUGAAGCAGGAGCCAAAUGGUCAGAAUUUUACACUAAUGCAAGUAAACAUUCAGAAGCCUUCAACAAAGAUAGUAUAACAGACCCUAGCAUCAAGCUUCAGCUCAUCUUCCUUUCAGAGAAGGGCUCAGCCAUUUUGCCAGCAGAAAAAUAUGCCAGACUGAACCAAGUUCUAAAUCAAAUGAGCACAAUAUACAGCACACAAACUGUAUGUAAAUCGGAUGGAUCAAAGGAUUGUUUCCCACUGGAACCAGGUUUGGACUUAAUCAUGGCUGAAAGCACCAAUUAUAAUGAAAGACUGUGGGCCUGGGAAGGUUGGAGAGCCGAAACUGGAAAGAGAAUGAGAUCAUUGUAUGAGGAAUAUGUUGAUCUGGAAAAUGAAGCUGCCCAUCUUAAUGGUUAUAAUGAUUAUGGAGAUUAUUGGAGAGGAAACUAUGAAACUCUGGCCACAGAUAUGUAUGCCUACAGUCGUGAGGAUCUCAUAAAGGACGUGGAAAGAACAUACCAAGAGAUAAUGCCACUGUACAAGGAACUCCAUGCUUAUGUCAGAGGAAAUCUGCAGAAAGUCUACGGUUCUCAUUACAUCAGUGACUCUGGAUGCCUUCCGGCUCAUUUGCUUGGUGACAUGUGGGGAAGAUUCUGGACAAAUUUGUAUCCUCUAAUGGUCCCCUACCCAGACAAAGCAAGCAUUGAUGUGACUCCUACCAUGGUUGCUCAGGGAUGGACGGUAGAAAGGAUGUUCAAAGAAGCAGAAAUUUUCUUCAAGUCUGUUGAUCUUUUUGCACUUAAUGAAAACUUUUGGAAUAAUUCAAUGCUAGAGGACCCUAAAGAUGGAAGACAAGUUGUGUGUCAUCCUACAGCCUGGGAUUUGGGAAUGAAUGACUUCAGGAUCAAGAUGUGCACAAAGGUGAAUAUGGAAGACUUCCUAACAGUUCACCAUGAACUGGGACAUAUUCAGUAUGACAUGGCAUAUUCUAAGCUGCCUUUUAUGCUGCGGGAUGGUGCCAAUGAAGGUUUCCAUGAGGCUGUUGGGGAAAUUAUGUCACUGUCUGCAGCUACUCCAAAGCACCUAAAGCAUAUCAAACUACUGGAUGAAAAUUUUGUAGAAGAUCAGGAGAUAGAAAUUAAUUUCUUACUCCGACAAGCACUGACCAUCGUUGGUACAUUACCUUUCACCUAUAUGCUGGAGCAGUGGAGAUGGAAAGUGUUCCGAGGAGAAAUCCCUAAGGAGCAAUGGAUGAAAACCUGGUGGCAGAUGAAACGAGAACUGGUUGGAGUGGUGGAACCUGUCCCGCACGAUGAAACCUACUGUGAUCCUCCAGCUCUUUUCCAUGUGUCCAAUGACUAUUCAUUUAUUAGGUAUUACACAAGAACCAUUUACCAGUUCCAGUUCCAAGAUGCCCUCUGCAAGGCCACAGGACACACAGGUCCACUCCACUCAUGUGACAUUACAAACUCCAAAGAAGCAGGAGCAAAACUACGAGCUAUGCUGGAGCUUGGGAAAGCUAAGCCCUGGACUGAAGCACUACAAAGCAUAACAGGAGGAACAAAAAUGGAUUCCCAACCACUUCUUAAAUACUUCGAGCCAUUAUUUGUAUGGCUACAGAAAAAUAAUCAGGUUAAUGGAAGGAAGAGUACCUGGAACACAGCAUGGUCUCCAUUCUCAGCAGCCGAGUCCAUUAAAGUGAGGAUCAGUCUAAAGUCUGGUUUAGGAGACAAUGCGUACGAAUGGAACGCCAAUGAAAUGUACCUGUUCAGGUCAUCUAUUGCCUAUGCCAUGUCAAAAUAUUAUGCUGCCAUGAAACAAGACAUACCUUUUACAUAUUUAAAUGUUCAUGUAUAUAAUGAGACCCCAAGAGUUUCCUUUAUGUUUUAUGUUACCAUGAACGAUAGUACUGUGGUUUCAAAACUGGAAGUUGAAGAAGCUGUAAGGAUGUCUAAAGACCGGAUCAACAACAUAUUUAAACUAGAUGACAAUGCUCUAGAGUUUAUAGGUAUCCCUCCUACACUGGCGGCCCCAGUAGAACAGCCCAUCACGGUUUGGCUUGUGGUUUUUGGCAUCGUAGCUGGAAUAAUAGUUGUUGCUUUAAUUGUUCUGAUCGUUCUUGGGCACAAAGACAAGCAAAAAAAAAGAAAAUCUGAAGGAGACAAUGAAGCCAUGGCGCUCAACAUCAACACCAAUAACCCUGAACCUGCUACAUGUGAAAUUACUCAAGAAAAAACAAGACAAAUUAAUAAAGUAUUUGAUGGAAAGGAUAAUAAAGCAUUCAAUGGAGACGACAAUGAAGCAUUCGAUGGGGACGACAAUGGAGCAUUCGAUAGAAACGACUAUGAAGCAUUCGAUAGAAACGACAAUGGAGCAUUCGAUAGAGACGACAAUGGAGCAUUCGAUAGAGAAGACAAUAAAGCAUCUGAUGAAACAGACAUGAACACAACAUUUUAAUGAAAGCUAAUUCACUGUUCAUGGACAGUUUCCUUGUUCUUGGACAAUUCACUGUUCUUGGACAUUUUACUUAUACUGGUACUUAAACUGUAACAAGACUCUGUAAAACUAAACUUCCAAAGGAUCUAUAGAUUUUCAUUAGUACCAGCUAUGGAAGAAGGUCUUCUGCUGCAUGGCCAAUAAGGUCAAAUACUAUGAUAGGAAUGCUAUGAUAAGAGCAUCUGCCAAGAUCUUAUGGUUAACAUGCACAAAUUCAAUUUUUGUGAUGCCUUAAUCUGGUUUACCAAUGUUGCAUUCAAAAUAAGGUUUGGCACAUGUUCAACAUAAAGAAACGACAUGCUGAGACAUGUAGUUAUACUUCACAUAAUUUGUGUUCUCUGUCUGCACUGGUUUGUGUCCUUACACAUCCUUGCACGUCUUUUAUGUUGGACCUGUGGAAAGUUAAAAAAAAAAUGCCAUAACAUUGGUUCAAACCAUUUGCCUUAAUUGAACACAAAGUUUUGUUUACCCAAAUGCAACACACUGAAUCUGUAUGAAUAGAUACGUCUAAUAAAACUAUUUAAUACCU